GUGUCCUCACUCAUAAUGUAUGAGAACCUCCAGUGGUCCAGGUCUUCCUCUGGUCCAGGUCAGACCAGUGUGGUCUCUCUGGUGUCUCCUCCCUCUGAUGCUGCUGUGGAAGUGAAGAGUUCCUCUCUGAUCUCUUUAACCUCUCUGAUCUGUGUUGUUUCCUCUCCUGCAGGACAGACAAACAUCACAGCUGAACCUGGACAUGACGUCUCUCUGCCAUGUAGAGCUGGACAUGAUGGAGACAUCGAUGCUGUGGAGUGGACCAGACCUGAUCUGGAUCCAGAAUAUGUUCUUUCAUACAGAGGUGGGAGCCUUGAUCUAGAAAACCAGCAUCAAUCUUUCCAGAACCGGGUGGAUCUUCAGGACAGACAGAUGAAGGAUGGAGACGUGUCUCUGAUUCUGAAGAAGGUGACGACUAAUGAUACAGGAACAUAUGAAUGUAGAGUCUUCCAGAGAAGAACAGGCAGCAUGAUUGCAGAGUCCAAGUCCAUCAUCAUCCAUCUGGAAGUUUCUCCUCCAGGACAGACAAACAUCACAGCUGAACCUGGACAUGACGUCUCUCUGCCAUGUAGAGCUGGACAUGAUGGAGACAUCGAUGCUGUGGAGUGGACCAGACCUGAUCUGGAUCCACAAUAUGUUCUUUCAUACAGAGGUGGGAGCCUUGAUCCAGACCACCAGCAUCCAUCUUUCCAGAACCGGGUGGAUCUUCAGGACAGACAGAUGAAGGAUGGAGACGUGUCUCUGAUUCUGAAGAAGGUGACGACUGAUGAUACAGGAACAUAUGAAUGUAGAGUCUUCCAGAGAAGAACAGGCAGCAGGAUUGCAGAGUCCAAGUCCAUUAUCAUCCAUCUGGAAGUUUCUCCUCCAGCUACAACACAGGAUGGAAGGAACCAGGAUGGAGGAGACAAGGAUGGAGGAGACAAGGACCGAGGAGACAAGGAGGGAGGAGACAAGGUUGGAGGAGACAAAGAUGGAGGACAUUAUGGACUGAUUGUGGGUCUGUCAGCUGUAGUGAUCGUUGGGAUGAUUGUUGGUUUCUGGAUCUAUAAAAGAGUCCAGAAGAAGAACUGGGCUCCUCUUCCUGAACUGCUCUGACUCAUCAGAUAAUCAUCCUUACAAUCAUCAUCUUCAUCAAGCAGCAGGUUUAUGAGCAGAGAGGAAGGAGAAAAUGAAAGUUCAACAUUUUAUGUGUGAAAGCACCAACAGAUCAGGUCUUAUUUGGGCCUAAAGACUCAUUUAUGCUCCUUUUACGUUAGUUUCAAACAUCACUGUCCUCAUGAUGAUCAUUCUCAGAAAGAGAUAUAAAAUAAGCAGUGCAGUAGAUGGAGGGGGUCUGAGAGGACAUUAAAUGCAGCACAGCUUCUUCUUCUUUGUUCCUUUUACUGGCUGCAUAUCAGCUGUACUGCUCAACGCUGCCCCCUGGUGUCCAGUAGAAGUGCUGUUCUAUCAGGUUACGCUUCCUCAAGGAUCCAAAAACGGACCAAAUUAACAUGUAAAAGAUCCAAAGAUGGAUGAAAUGGUUUGUAUCCGUCUUUUACAUAGAGCAUAAAUGAGUCUUUACCCUUCGUUAGGGACAGUUUGGUCCUUUCAGGUCCUUUUUCCUGAACUGUUGGUCAACAUUUUGGUUGUGUUUUCCCAUUUAUUUUUGUGAGAAAGUUUGUCUCUUGAAAAACUUGUAAAUUUCAGUGUCUAUUUUAUUUCAAGGUCAAAAUGACAUCAGGAACAAAUUCAUUAUUCUUCUGGGUCAUCAGAGGACAAAACGUCCCUUCUGAAAAAAACUGUUCUGGAAACGUUACAGAAUUUUUUAUAGUUUUUUUUCUCCAAAUCUGUCAAUCAAUAAAUCCUAACCAAAGAUCAAAAUACCAGUUUAAAUUCACAUGAUAGUUACUGCCUGAGGAUGAUGAACGCUGUUGUUUUUACAUAUUGAUCCAUGUGUGAUGUUUGUCUCUGGGGUUUGUGGUUGGCAUGAUGGGGGUGGGGGUCGGAUAACAUCUAAGUUAUUCUAAGUUACACCAGAAAGGAGUAACAUUAUGAUGGAGACGUGGAUUUCUUCUUCUGUCCAGCUGUAACGUUUCUGUAGGAAUGUCCAAACAUUUUCUUCUCUAGAUGUUUCAGAGUUUCUUUGUGUUGGUUCAAACGUUUUUCUGAUCAUGGUGAGUUUCUAACAUGAAUAUUUCCUCACUGACAAAUGAAAAGGUGAUUAUAGACAAUCAAUAAUCUGUAACCCAUCAGAAAGUGGAUGAACUGGUCAGGUGUGUUUCAGAAUAAAGUGGAUUGUUGUGUGGAGCUCUCUGAUUGGUCAAUAAGACCAGAACGUUGUUUAUCUCUGGUGUGUACUUCAGGGAAGCUUGUAAAUGUCAGUGUUUCAUAUUUUAUGUUUUUAGUUAGUGUUGAUCCUCAUGUAGGAUGUUCAGUGUGUAACUUUUAUUAAUAAAGUUUUCCAGUUUGUAAUGCAGGGAGCUGCUUCCUGUUUACCAGGUGC